UAAAGCGGUGGAAGAGGGAGAUGCUGUGAGGAGAGAGAGAAGAGGGUCAAAUUUUUUAUGAGUUCACCGUCUUCCUCCAUUACUCUCCGAGAUCAGACGGUGGCUUACAGAAACUCCUUCGCUACUGAAACUUUUCUUCAUCAAUUAACUACAAAAUUCUGAUAAUUUCUCUGUUUUCUGUCUUUUUCAGAUUGCCCAGUUUCUUAAUUCUCGUAGAAACACAUUUUUCUCCCAUUAUUUAGCUAGCGAUUGUUUCAAUUUUCCAACAAAGAACCAACAACUCCCAGAUCUGCGUUGAUUAUGGAUAACGCAAUACAAAUUGUCUCACUGAUGCUGUUGACCAAAUAUUGACGUUUGAUAUAACCCACAAACGCCGUAGAAGUGUCCUGCUAGCUACUUUUCGGGAACCCUUUUCUUUUUCGAGGGUGACCCCUUUUGAUUUCUCCUUCUAAUCCUGUGAAAUUUGAGGGGAAAACUUUGGUUAGGUUGAUUCAUGGCGUCUUCGAGGAAUGUCGGGGUGAGGGAUGAGGAGAAGCUGAAGGAAGAUGACUCUCCGACGGCGAAAAAGCCUAAAUUCGAGAGGUUUCCAUUGACGAGGUGGGAGCUGGCCGCGGCUCUCGCCAUGUUUCUUGUCUGUUCCAUUGGCCUUGUCUGCGUCUACUUGACGAUGCCCGCUGCAGAGUACCAGAGCGUUAAGCUCCCACGGACCCUCUCGGAUCUUCGGGUGCUUAAGGAUCUCUUUGCAAAUUAUGCCAAAGAUCAUCCAGCACAAUUCAUUCUAGGUUAUUGCUCAACUUACAUAUUCAUGCAAACGUUCAUGAUUCCUGGAACAAUUUUCAUGUCAUUGCUUGCUGGUGCUCUAUUUGGUGUUAUCAGAGGUCUUUUAUUAGUUGUAUUUAAUGCAACAGCUGGUGCAUCCUCGUGCUUUUUUCUGUCUAAGUUAAUUGGAAGACCUUUAGUUUAUUGGAUGUGGCCUGAAAAAUUGAAAAUGUUCCAGGCAGAGAUAGCAAAGCAUCGAGAAAAGCUGCUCAAUUAUAUGCUGUUUCUAAGGAUAACACCGACAUUGCCUAACCUUUUUAUCAACUUGGCUUCACCUAUUGUUGACAUCCCAUUUCAUGUUUUCUUCUUGGCAACUUUAAUUGGCCUUGUUCCAGCAUCCUAUAUCACAGUCAGGGCUGGACUUGCACUGGGGGAUCUGAAAUCUGUCAAGGAUUUAUACGAUUUCAAAACGUUGUCUGUGCUUUUCUUCAUUGGUUUCAUCUCCAUUCUCCCUACACUUCUAAAGAGGAAGCGAGUAUACGAAUAAAGGCAGUUUUUCGGGCUCCGUCAUUUCUGCCUGAGCCAUGUGUAUGGAUGGCUGCUAUAACAGAUAGAUAUUGGUACCAAGCCCUAAUUGACGAUUCUUGUCGUUGCAAUACCGUGCCAAUUCAGAUGCAGACUGUGUACCGUUAAGCUGUUAUAGCUCGAAUUAUACGUUCAGCACAUGAAUUGACGGUUGGUUGGAGGCUUAAGAAGGAACAAAUUAGGUGAAGAUAUUUGAAUUCACAUUAGGAGCUCACUGAUUACACUCAAUAUAGGUUAUUUUUAUUUAUUAUAAUUUUUGUUGCAUUAUAUAUUGAAAAGGUAUAAUACAGGAUCUGGAGGUUACAAAUUGAGAACUAACUUUUUUUUUUCUCCUCUAUAGAUAAACAUAUCCCAAAUAUCUUAUUGGGGAAAUUGUAUUGUCUUUGAAAUACAAGUUAAUCCCAACUCUUAGUUUCCUUCAA